GCCAUUGGCGGGCGCGGCGCGCUGUACUGAGCAUGUUCGCGCCCCGCCGGCUCCGGGCCGCAGCCGCAGCCGCAGGGACGGCGGGCGCGGGAGCCGCCGCGCAUUAUGCAAAGCGGCAGCAGAUGCGAGCUGGGCCAGCCGGGCGCUCGUCGGCCUCGCCUCCCAGCGGCUCGUCCAGCUGCCUGAUUCGCCCGCGAGACCCCCCUGGCCCGGGCCGGGGGCCGAGGAGGCCCGCGAUGGCCUGAGUCCCCGGGGCGCGGCGGCGCGGCGGCGGGAUUGCACCAUGGGGAACCAGGAUGGGAAGCUGAAGAGGAGCGCAGGUGAAGCCGCGCACGAAGGCGGCGGCGGCGGCUGCGCCGAGGAUGCUGUGGGGCCCAGGGAUGUGGAAGCCACCAAGAAGGGCAGCGCCGGCAAGAAGGCGCUGGGCAAGCACGGCAAAGGGGGAGGGGGCGGCGGGGAGUCCGGGAAGAAGAAGAGCAAGUCGGACGCCCGAGCCUCGGUGUUUUCCAACCUGCGGAUCAGGAAGAACCUGUCCAAGGGGAAGGGCGCCGGCGGCUCCCGCGAGGAUGUGCUGGACUCCCAGGCCCUGCAGACCGGGGAGCUGGACAGCGCUCACUCCCUGCGCACCAAGACCCCGGACCUCAGCCUCUCGGCGGACGAGACAGGCCUGUCGGAUACCGAGUGUGCCGACCCCUUUGAGGUGACGCGGCCAGAGGGUCCUAGGCCUCCCGAGGCUGGGGCAGGGGUCCAGCCGGUCGCUGAGGAUUUGGAAACCGCCGCGGGGGCGCAGGAUGGACAAAGGACCAGUUCGGGCUCGGACACGGACAUCUACAGCUUCCACUCGGCCACGGAGCAAGAGGAUUUGCUCUCGGACAUCCAGCAGGCGAUCCGCCUGCAGCAGCUGCAGCAGCUCCAGGACGGCCAGGAGCCUGCAGCGACCCCCACCGCCGCUUUCGCUCCUCCCGGGGCCUUCCUGGGCCUGGACCGGUUCCUGCAGGGACCCAGCGGCGAGGCUGGGGAGGCGCCGGGCGGUCCGCGCGCGGAUCAGGCACCGUCCGCGCUCCCCGCCCCGCCGGAGCCCCAGGCUGCCCAGGCCCGGGAGCCGGCGCAGCCCCCGUCCCCCCGCAGCCGCAGGGCCUCCGAGGCGCCCGGAGUCCCCGGGGCCCAGUCCCCGCUUGCAGACUCGCGCACUGCCUUCCCGUUCCCCGAAGCCGGGCCGGCGGAGGGCGCAGACGCAGCCCGGGACACAGACGAGGAGGUCGAGGAGGAUGCUUUUGAGGAUGCCCCCCGGGGCUCUCCGGGAGAGGAGUGGGCCCGGGAGGAGGGAGAGGCUCCCCAGGAGCUGGGGCCAGAGCCGGAGGAGGAGCGGACGCAAGGGCCCGGGGACCCCGCCGCGGCCGCCUCCCUGCCCGGCAGCCCCGCGCCCAGCCCGCGCUGCUUCAAGCCCUACCCGCUCAUCAGCCCCUGCUACAUCAAGACCACCACCCGGCAGCUCAGCUCGCCCAACCACUCCCCGUCUCAGUCCCCCAGCCAGAGCCCCCGGAUCAAGAGGCGCCUGGAGUCCUCCCUGAGCCGGGGGCCCAGACCCGCCCUGGCCUCCGCGGCCGCCCCGGCCAAGAAGCAGCGGGCGGACGGGGCGCUGGCCGCUGGCCUCAGCCGCUCCGCCGACUGGACGGAGGAGCUGGGCGCCCGUGCGCCCCGGGCGGGAGGCUCGGCUCACCUGCUGGGGCGCGGGGCGGCCGCGGACGGCGGCGGGGUGACCCCCGCGCUGGGCGCCAAGGCGUCUGGGGCGCAGGCGACCGCGGACGGCUUCCAGAACGUGUUCACAGGGCGGACUCUGUUGGAGAAGCUGUUCAGCCAGCAGGAGAACGGUCCUCCAGAAGAAGCAGAAAAGUUCUGCUCCCGGAUCAUUGCCAUGGGUCUUCUACUUCCUUUUAGUGACUGCUUCAGGGAACCAUGUAGCCAGAAUGCUCAGUCAAGUUCUGCUCCAUUUGAUCAAGAUCAGCUUUAUACCUGGGCUGCGGUUAGUCAACCCCCACACACCCUGGAUUAUACAGAAGGCCAGUUUCCCAGGCGAGUCCCAUCUGGGUGGCCACCGUCAAGACCUCCUGAUGAAGAAUGCAGGCCUAAGGAUGCUGAGACAGAGGAUGAUGGAGAAUCCCAGUCUGCUAUUUUGGAAACUCCAAAAAAAGCUUCAGACACUGUUCCACAGGACAUUUUCGACAUGAAGUCUGAGGGACAGGCAACUGUAAUUCAGCAGCUGGAGCAGACCAUUGAGGAUCUGAGGACCAAAAUAGCUGAACUAGAGAAGCAAUACCCUGCCCUGGAUAUGGAGGUGGCCAGCAGCCAUCAGAGGGUUGACAAUGGAGUGACAGCCUCAGAUGACGUCUGUCUGGAAGCCCUCAGAUUAGGAGAAAAGGAUGUACACCAUCAAAGUAUUGUACAGGCAAAAUCCAUACAGACUUCUCCGACAGAAGAGGGCAGGAUGCUGGCACUUCCAUUCGAAGGCCUUCCGUGCCUGUCUGGGGCUGAGACUGGAGAGCCUUCUGCUCCAUCUUUAGCAUCUGGACCUCAGACAAAAUUCUGUUCUGAGAUUUCUUUGAUUGUGUCUUCAAGGAGAAUAUCAGUACAGCUCGAUGCCCAUCAGCCCCUACCGGAUGUGUCACAACCUCCACCACCUCCAUCCUUUCUGUUGCCUGAUGGUCAGGAACAGCCUGGGUCACAAGCCUCGCAUCCUUCUCUUCAUACUGGCUCUGAAACCAGCCAUGAACAUGCUGUUUUCUCCUCCUCUGGAAACAGUUGUAGCAUCCCACCACCACCACCUCUGCCUUGUAUAGAGUCCUCCAGUUCCACACCUGUCCUGGGUGUGGAGACUCUCCCACCUCCCCUUGGUGUGACAGUGCCUGCGCUGCCCAGUACAGCAGUCCCCCCACCUCCUCCUCUGCCAGGUUCUCAAAUGCUGCCACCCCCUGCUUCCCCUUUUCCUGGGGAAGGAGUACUUCCUCUUCCUCGGCCUCCUCCCCUUCCCCCUCCCCUUCCUGGAGUGGGAGUACCCUCUCCCCCUCCCCUUCCUGGAGUGGCAAUACCUCCUCCCCCUCCCCUUCCAGGAGUGGGCAUACCCCCUCCUCCUCCCCUUCCUGGAGUGGGAAUACCCCCUCCCCCUCCCCUUCCUGGAGUGGGAAUACCCCCUCCCCCUCCCCUUCCUGGAGUGGGAAUACCCCCUCCCCCUCCCCUUCCUGGAGUGGGAAUACCCCCUCCCCCUCCCCUUCCUGGAGUGGGCAUACCCUCUCCCCCUCCCCUUCCUGGAGUGGGAAUACCCCCUCCCCCUCCCCUUCCUGGAAUGGGCAUACCCUCUCCCCCUCCCCUUCCAGGAGUGGGAAUACCCCCUCCCCCUCCCCUUCCAGGAGUAGGAAUACCCCCUCCCCCUCCCCUUCCAGGAGUGGGAAUACCCCCUCCUCCUCCCCUUCCAGGGAUGGGAGUACCCCCUCCCCCUCCCCUUCCUGGAGUGGGAGUACCCCCUCCUCCUCCCCUUCCAGGAGUUGGGAUUCCUCCACCUCCUCCAUUGCCAGGUAUGGGAAUUCUGCCUACUGCUGCCCUGCCUCUGGCUCCCUCUGGGGCAGGAAUUCCCCCACCCCCACCACCUCCUCUGCUCCCUGGAUCAGACCCUCCACUCUGCCCACAAGUUGGGACCAGCACUUUAACAACACCACAAGUUUGUGGAUUUCUUCCUCCUCCAUUGCCAAGUGGCUUGUUUGGAUUAGGGAUGAAUCAGGACAGAGGAACUAGGAAGCAGCCAAUAGAGCCUUGUCGGCCAAUGAAGCCUCUUUAUUGGACAAGAAUCCAGCUUCAUAGUAAAAGAGACUCCAGUCCCUCACUUAUUUGGGAAAAAAUUGAAGAGCCAUCCAUAGAUUGCCAUGAAUUUGAGGAAUUAUUUUCUAAAACUGCUGUAAAGGAGAGGAAAAAACCUAUAUCUGAUACCAUCUCAAAGACGAAGGCCAAACAAGUUGUCAAGUUAUUAAGCAACAAAAGAUCCCAAGCAGUUGGAAUAUUAAUGUCUAGCCUUCACUUAGAUAUGAAAGACAUACAACAUGCUGUUGUGAACUUGGACAAUUCUGUGGUUGACCUGGAGACCCUUCAAGCUCUCUAUGAGAAUAGAGCACAGUCAGAUGAACUGGAAAAAAUUGAAAAGCAUGGACGAUCUUCCAAAGACAAGGAAAAUGCCAAGUCCCUGGAUAAACCUGAGCAGUUCCUUUAUGAACUAUCACUAAUCCCCAACUUUUCAGAGCGAGUCUUUUGCAUCCUGUUCCAAUCCACGUUUUCAGAAAGCAUUUGCUCCAUUCGUCGCAAACUGGAAUUGCUACAGAAAUUGUGUGAGACAUUAAAAAAUGGCCCAGGGGUUAUGCAGGUUCUGGGUUUGGUUCUUGCAUUUGGCAACUACAUGAAUGGUGGAAAUAAAACUCGGGGACAGGCGGAUGGCUUUGGUUUAGACAUUCUCCCCAAGCUGAAAGAUGUCAAAAGCAGUGACAAUAGCAGAAGCCUUUUGUCAUAUAUUGUUUCAUAUUAUCUUCGAAAUUUUGAUGAGGAUGCUGGAAAAGAACAGUGUGUCUUUCCACUACCUGAGCCACAGGACCUUUUUCAGGCCUCGCAGAUGAAGUUUGAAGAUUUUCAAAAAGAUCUCCGAAAACUAAAGAAAGAUUUGAAAGCCUGUGAGACCGAAGCGGGAAAAGUGUACCAGGUUUCCUCUGAAGAGCACAUGCAGCCUUUCAAAGAAAACAUGGAACAGUUCAUUGUUCAAGCUAAAAUUGACCAGGAAGCAGAGGAAAAUUCACUGACAGAAACACAUAAAUGCUUUUUGGAGACUACAGCCUAUUUCUUCAUGAAACCAAAACUUGGAGAGAAGGAGGUGUCCCCAAAUGUUUUCUUCAGUAUCUGGCAUGAGUUCAGCUCUGACUUUAAAGACUUUUGGAAGAAAGAGAACAAACUUAUCCUACAAGAGAGAGUAAAAGAAGCUGAAGAAGUGUGUAGACAGAAAAAAGGAAAAUCACUUUAUAAAAUAAAACCAAGACACGACUCUGGAAUCAAAGCAAAGAUAAGCAUGAAAACCUGACCAAGGAACAGAAGGAAGAAAAUGGUCAUUGCAACAACUUCCACAAAAUCCAGCUGACCGGAGGGUGGGAAGGCAACUCCAUCAUUCUGAUCAUUUUUCUUCUUAGCCUCUUGCGUAAUCUGUGUUUUGUAGACAAUUCACCAGUUGUUGACUUUUAGUGGAUGAUGAUCAGUGCAGAGUUAAAAACCUUUUCUUUUUAUAAUUGUUCAUGGUGUCACACUGAUGGCCCCAGCAGCAUGUGCGCGCAGCAGUGUCUGCAGCAGCUCUGAACAUGCUGGGGAUUAGCCUCCGGACCCUUUUGUGAGAUCCUUGUCACAGCGAAAACACUUUGCUUUCUACAGACAACCAGUACUCCACAUCACUGCAUUUAGACUCAUAAAUAAAUGUUAUUUCUAGUGAGUUGUUUGUAUCUAUUUUAUGUCUACUUACAAAUUUUCUAUUUUAAAAAUCUAAGUACCAUUUAUAUAUCAUAAUCAGUGCUUUCCCAGCUCUUGGGUUGCUCUCCAUAGCUAUAUAUUUGUGAAAGAAGAGUAUCAUUUUUUUAACUCAAGUCAGGUAAUGAAUAGAAAAACACAUAGCAAAAGAAAAGAAAAUAGUUUCCUAUAAGUUAUUUAAUAUAGAAGGAAUCAGAGUUUUAAGUUUAAUGAGAGCCUAUAAAAACCUUAUCUGCAGCAGAGGUAAAUUAAAUCGAAGAUGUACCUCUCCAAACCUUUUAUUUUACACUUCAAAAAGAAAAUUUCACUCAGUAGUUUGAAGGAAUUUAAAUAAAUGAUGCUGAUAAUAUUGCCAAACAUGACUAUCAUAGGAAAAAAAAAAAAACAGAAAGAAAGGAAAACUUGGUGGGGGCGGGGGUGGACUGGAUCUACCUAGAACUUAUUAAGAAAAAAUAUUUGCUUGUGUAUUUUUACAUGAUUGGGGUUAUCAUGAUGAGUUACAGCAGGUGACUAAAAUGAGAAUUCAUUAUCAUAAGUCAGGAAAGGAUUUUAUUUUACUUUGAAGAAAAAUAUGUAAAUGUCUCACUCAUUCUGAGAGUAUUUUACAAUCAGCUCAUGAACAUUUUGAUGUUUAUAUCUAACAUUAAUAGUUGUUUUUAUUUUUUUAUUGCUAUUAAUGAUAUUAGUUGAGUGUUAUGGUUGUAGAGAAAGGGGAGAAUUUUUUGCCUUUGCAAACCAAUUAUGGAAAGCAAUUUUAAAAAAGGUAAAAUGAUCUUCUAAAUCAUAACUAUGUUUGUAUUUAUGUAAAGUAUGGUAUCUUACCUUUUAGUUUGUAGUUUAAGUGCAAAGAAACAGUAGUGAUUUUUUUGUAUUGUUUUUGUCAUCUUCCUGUCCCCUCCGUCCCUUCAAUGUGUAUAUUACCAUUCUUCAAUGAAAUAAUAGGGCAUUUAACAAAGAUCGCUCUGUGCAAUACUGUA